GUAAAGUUCACAAUUGUUUUUAUUGUAAAAGUGUGCCUUGCAGGAUUAUGCCCUCAACUGGUUUAAUUGUAAAACGCAACGUGCUCGUUUAUUGAUUUUUGACAAAACUUUUACUUAAGCGAAUUUCGUAGCCCAAGCUCUAGCUGGCACAAUGAGCCUGAAGUCGAGUGCACGCAUUAAGAAGCGACGCUCAGCCGAGGCAGCCGCUGCCAACGCAGCAUCAACAUCAAACGUCGCAGCACCAGCAUCGACAACUGCUACCUACAGGAUACAGUCGACAGGCUACAUCAGUAGCAACUCCCAUUUAACUAACAUCAAUACAAAUCCUCCCCAACAAGUUAUAAGCAAAAAACAACAUUUUGUGGGUCGCAACCCCAACUUUGACACGGACGAGACGAAGCUGCUCAUACAGCUUUGGGGUGAUCCCAAGCUGCAGCGCACGCUCAUAACAACGCACAAGAAGCAUGCGGUCAUUUGUCAGUUGGCGGGGAAGAUGCAGGAAUAUGGCUAUCAUCGCUCACCGGAGGAGAUCACCACGCGCAUUAAAAAUCUCAAGUGUUUCUAUAAUCGCCUCAAAAAGGACAAGGAAUGCGGCUUGACGGGUGAAGCGGACCCGAGCUGGAAACAUUUUGCUGAAAUGGAUGCCAUUAUGACGCGUCCCAUUUUUAGCGUGCGUCCCAACGAAGUACCAGCGCCGUCACUUAAAUACCAACUGGAACAGGCCAUGGAGGAGCAUGCAGAGCGUCGUAAGCGUCGUCAGCAGAAUGGUGAAGAGGUGUCCGAUAGCGAAAACGAGGAAGAUGACAUGAUGCUCUCCUCUCUAGUGGCCAAUGGCAAGUCCAAAGCCGAUGCGCACGCAGAAGCAGAUGAAGAUGUAGGGCAGAUGGAUAUCGGUGAAGAUGCUAUAAGCGGUAGCAAACGACGCAGAAUAUCUUCUGAUCCGGAAGGGGAUGUAGACAUAGAUGAAGCCACGGCCACUUACACGCGCAUUAAGACUGAGCUGGACCCAGUGCCAGAAAUCAACGGAGAUUCAUUGGCUGGUUCAGCUGCACAAGAUGAUGACUGCGUGGUGCUGCCGCCGCCACCCAAAGAGGAGCCCAUUGAUGUAGAUGCUGCAGAAGAUGUGGAAAGCCCGACGGGCUUAAAUCCAAACAUGCCUUCCCUCACACGUGCUAUUAUGCCCACGUUGGCCGAUAUGCUGCAACUGCCCAAAACCACCAGCUUGUUGCCGUACAGUGGCGCCAAUGUCAUGAUACCAGCGAAUAGCAUAAGCACCAGUGCUGCCGGCACCAUCUCCACCAGCAACGUGACGACUAAUGGCAACAUGUCAGCCGGCAAAAUCUCCUUGGUACCCACCAACUUUUUAAUGCAGCCCAAGCAGACGCUUGCAGCGGCUCCCUCCAAGAGCAUAAACAUGGGCGUGGCAACGCCAGCGGGCGCACAAUUACAACUGCUCCAAAGCGCCAUAAAUUCGGGUGCACGUCUGAUGAUAAGCAACGGAGCCGCCCCAGCGCCCGUACCAGCAGUCACGAAUACGGGUAAUUUGGUGACCGGACCCGGCGGCGUCAAGUUUGUCCUUGUCAAUACAGAGCAGCCAACAGGAGCCAAAACUACAGCUGUUAUGGGCACGCCGACUGUGACAGCAACUAUUGGUGCAGGCUUGCCACAGUCUUCAGUCACAUCGGAGUAUCAGUCACAAUCACAGCAGCAAACAUUGCAGUUGCAGCAACAAUUGCAGUUGCAACAACAACAGCAAUUGCAGCAUCAUCAGCAACAAAAGCAGCAGCAGCAGCAACAACAACAAAGCGAAGAGAAGGAGGAAAAACGUCGCGCAGCGGACAAAGUGCGCGAGGAGCAACAGUCCAAGCGACAUAUGACCACCAUGCGCAUUAUGUUGCGCCAGCUGCUGAACGCACAAAACGAAGCGAAUGAGAUACAACACAAUCGUUUAGCACUCGAGCGUGAGCGUCUGGACUUUGAGAAAACAGUAGGUGAACGUUUGCUCAGUAUGCUGCCCAGUUUGUUGCAACCAGCUGCUACUGCAGCAGCAGCGGCAACACCUGCUAGCGCUGUGCCAACAACAACGUCGCAGUUUGUGGUGUCCAAUGCAACAGGUGCACAGCGUCUGCAACCGCCCAAACUUCUCUUUACCACUGCGCUGCCCGUGGCCAAUGGCACGCACAUGGGUACGCCAAGCAGCGCGAUGUCAGCUUCAUUGCCCAAGGCGCCCACAGCCCCUGUAGCAACAACUUCCAAUAACAACAGUGGAGCUGCCGAUAUUUCCCCGCAACUCAAUGAUGUGGAGCUAGUCACGCCUAAACUAGAGAACGAAGUUUAAGUUAGAAAAUGAUAUUAAAACAAGUAUUUUUCCAGUGAUCUCUAUAAUACUCUAAAAUGUACUUACUUAAUUAAACUAAAUUCAAGCAUUAAA